CAGGCAUCAACAACUCCACUACAAUGAAUGGUUCCGGGGUGAGGGGUCAUCAUGGACAAGGUUUACCUCAAGUACAAGGAGUCAUUGAUGAACUCACAGCGCCUCAUGGAUGAACUCGGCAUUGACCACGAGGGGGACAGUUUGGGGAUGGGAAUUAUCCGAAAGGAGAUGGACCUCAACAAUGAUGAAAAGCAGUACCUGUUGGCGGUGGAACGAGGAGACGUCCCGUCAACGAGGAACUUCCUCAACAACCUCUCCGUGAAUGGCAUCAACAUCAACUGCGUGGACCCUCUGGGUCGCACAGCCCUGCAGGUGGCCAUCGAGAAUGAGAAUAUUGAGAUGAUCGAACUGCUCCUGACGUUCAAUGUGGAAGUGGGAGAUGCUUUGUUACAUGCAAUAAACGAGGAGAAUGUGGAGGCUGUGGAGUUGAUACUAAACCAUGAAGUCAAUACCAAAGGAGAAGAGGCCUUACAUCAGUUAUAUCCCUCCAGCUCAUUCAGUCCUGACAUCACACCGAUCAUUCUGGCAGGGCAUCGGGACAAUUAUGAAAUUAUCAAAAUCCUCCUGGAUAGAGGAUUUCGCAUUCCCAAACCUCAUGAUGUUCGGUGUAGUUGCAAGGAUUGUUUAACGGAAAGUGAAGAAGACAGUUUGCGUCACAGUCGUUCUCGGAUUAACGCCUACAAGGCGUUAGUGAGUCCUUCACUGAUUGCUCUCUCAAGCAAGGAUCCCAUUCUGACUUCCUUUGAACUGAGCAGAGAGUUGAAGCGCCUUAGCAAGAUGGAGAAUGAGUUUAAGGUGGACUAUGAGAAGCUAGCCACCAGGUGUCAGGACUUUGCUGUGGACCUCCUGGAGCAGACGCGAGGAUCACGUGAGCUGCAGAUCAUCCUCAACCACGACACAUCGAGUGCUGCGACAGAUGAACAGGGAGCAGAGAAAACCAAACUGAGCAGGUUGAAACUGGCCAUUAAAUACAAACAGAAAAGGUUUGUGUCACAUCCGAACUGCCAACAGCUUCUAGCCUCACUAUGGUAUGAGGGGUUACCCGGGUUCCGCAGGCGGAAUAUCGUAUCCAAGCUGAUGAUCACGCAAACCAUUGGCAUAAUGUUCCCUGUGAUGUCCCUGAUUUAUCUUAUAGCUCCUAAGUGUUCCAUCGGAGAACUCAUACGCAAGCCCUUUAUCAAGUUUAUCGUCCAUAGUGCGUCAUAUCUCACAUUUCUGUUUCUGUUGAUCCUCGUGUCUCAACGGGUAGAGAUACUCUCUGAAAAUGACAGCGGUAACCAUGACGACAAAGUGAAGCGGGAACUCCUCGGGGCACCUGCGACGACCAUUGAGUGGAUGAUCUUAGCCUAUGUUGCUGGUUUGAUGUGGGCUGAGAUCAAACAACUAUGGGACGAUGGCGCCAAGGAAUAUGUUCAUGAUAUGUGGAAUAUUCUGGACUUUGUCACCAACUCUUUGUACAUAGCAACAUUUACACUCAGACUCCUGGCGUACUUACAGGUUCAGGAGGAAAGGAAGAACAAUGACCCGGCAGCCCAAAAACAACGUAAAGCUUGGGAUGCCUACGAUCCCAAUCUCAUAGCAGAAGCUCUUUUUGCUGCAGCUAAUAUCUUCAGUUCCUUAAAACUCAUAUAUAUAUUCACAGUCAAUCCUCAUUUGGGGCCCUUACAGAUAUCCCUAGGGCGAAUGAUCAUGGAUAUUAUGAAGUUUGGAUGUGUAUAUUUUCUCGUGUUGUUUUCCUUUGCGUGUGGACUGAACCAUCUAUACUGGUACUAUGCAACUGUUCAUGCUGACGAGUGUGCUGCAGACAGUAACAGCACAUCCUGUGAUAGAAAAUUCCGCAGUUUUGCAAAUCUAUUUGAGAUACUGCAGACAUUGUACUGGUCCGUAUUUGGUUUGGUGGAUCUUGAUCAUGCUGAACUUCGGCCGAAGUUCAAUCAUGAGUAUACUGAGCUGGUUGGGAAACUGAUGUUUGGGGUGUAUAGUUGGAUUGCUCUGGUAGUCCUUCUCAACAUGCUCAUUGCUAUGAUGAGCAACUCUUACCAGAUUAUAUAUAGCCAGGCAGAUGAGGAGUGGAAGUUUGCCCGGUCCAAGCUGUGGAUCAGCUACUUCGAGGACAGUGGCACAUUGCCUGCUCCCUUCAAUAUCAUUCCCAGUCCCAAGACCUUCUACUACAUUCUCGUCUGGUUCAAGAAUAAACUGUGUGCAUGCUCCAAGAAGCAGAAGAGAAACCGAUGGCAGAGUAUCAAGAAAAUUGUAAAGAAGAUCAAUGAAAGAGAAAUAAAAUAUCAGGCUGUGAUGCGGGACCUCAUCAAGCGGUACAUCAUGAAAAAACAGCGUGGGCCACAGAGAGGCGAAGGAGUCACAGAGGAUGAUGUCAAUGAGCUCAAACAAGACAUAUCCUCCUUCCGCUUUGAGCUGCUAGAGAUUCUGCGCAGCAACGGGAUGAAGACACCAAAUCCCAACCAACCCAAGCCCACAAGUAAGAAGAUGAGAUACUGGAAGUCUCUGGUUGGCAGCCUUAAUGUUGAUGCCAGGAAGAGUGAAGAUCAUGACUAAUUCUUCCUUUCAAGCAUUUUUUAAGUGCUUGGCGAUUAGUUAUAAAUUGAAUUCAACAAAUGAAAUAUUGUGGCAUUAAUUCUGAAAGAAAAACUAAUGCUCUUUCAAAUAAAUGGUCAAAUGGGCUCUUUAGUUUAGAUUUCCUUUCUAUGUUAUUUUUGUGUCAGUGACUUUGACUUUGUUUAUUCCAUGACUGUCUGUGAAUUUGCAUAAGUCAUUGGUUCUAUGUAUGGUUUCAAGGUGUUGAUCGCCUUCUGACUAUCUGCUUUUGUACUGUUUCAUUCUUCCAAUUUCUGUUCUUCCUUUCAAUAUAUUGCUUCCAUGCAUUUACUAACAGACCUUUGUCCAGAACAAGACACAUAUUGUCAGCAUGGCCAGAAUUUUUUGUCGACUGUUCUGUUCUUCCUUGUUGAUUGUGAUCUCCCUCACAUGAAUACAAUUGAGGCUUGAUUACAACCAUUGACUCUUGGGAAAUAUUUGAUUUCAAAAGAUUCUUUUACAAGAAGCCUGUAUUAGGAGAUGCUCUUAAUGAAACUGUGCAAUUCUUCAGAUAUGUCUGUUUCUUAGCAUCAUAGAAUUUUAGCUGUUGUAAUUUGAUAUAAUUUUGUUUUAUAUUGUGUUUUUGAGAGGGAGAUGAAAAUCCUGUUGUUAAAAGUGAAGGUGUUAGAUGGCAGUAUUUUAUUGUUGAAUCAUGUAAAUAUGGUGUUGAUAGUUCAAACCGUGCCUCCAAUCCACUUUUCCAGAAUGUUGACGUUGUCUUGUUUUGUCAAAUGUUCUAUUACUUGCAAUACAAUUCUCAUAGUAUGUAAAUGUAGAUCAUUAGGACACAUACAACUAACAUAGUUCAAGCUGUGAUGAAUAUUUAUAUUAUAACAUUGCUUUUAUUCCAGAGUUUGAAAACAGAAUGAAAUUUUCCAAAGAAAUGUGACUUCGAAUGAAUGUGAUGUUUUAUUGUAUGACUUGUUAAUACUUAACAACCAUUGUAUUUGUAUGCAUUCAAUUUUGAAUGUUGUAUUUUCUUGUCAAUGACAUGU